AUAACAACAAUAAAGACCAAAAAUUAAGAACGCAAUUCAAUUACCCUAAACCCAAAUAAUACAAAAAGGAUAAAGGUGUAUAUUUAGAUCUAUCGAAGCAAUACAUUCUCAUGGUGGGCAGGUUGUAAAAGUGUUUGUCACAACGUGGACAUUUUUUUCUUUGCGUGCAUUUGACAUAUGCUAUGCGGAAAAUCUUUACUUGAUUAUCUGCAAACGUCACUAAGGCAUCUCAUUCUAUGAAACUUCAGAUUGAUCCGUUUCAUUAUGGUAACAUAUGCCGGCUGUGAUUAUUCCUAACAUGGAAACGUUACAUCCUACAGCGAAAUUAAUGCAAGGACUGCAGUUUGCUGCCAGCAAGCAUCGUACACAACUGCGGAAAGAUAAUGAGACACCCUACAUAAAUCACCCUAUAAAUGUGGCAACAAUUCUCGCUGUGGAAGGUGGUAUCUCCGAUGAAAAUGUACUCAUUGCUGCUAUAUUGCAUGACACUGUUGAGGAUACCGACACCACAUUUGAAGAAAUCGAGCAACAUUUUGGCGAGGAAAUUUGUGAAAUUGUGCGUGAGGUCACUGACGAUAAGACAUUGGAGAAACAAGAACGAAAACGCUUGCAAAUCGAACAUGCGGCAAGUUCAAGUGAGAACGCCAAAUUAGUGAAAUUGGCGGAUAAGUUGGACAAUCUACGAGAUUUAGGCAGAAAAGCGCCAAUCGGUUGGACACCUGAGCGUCAAGAACAAUACUAUGUUUGGGCUAAGAAAGUGGUGGAUAAUAUGCGUGGUACAAACGCAGAGUUGGAGCGCAAAUUAGAUGAAAUUUUUAAAGCUAAAAAGCUACUUUAAAAUAUACUUUCCAAAUAGAUAUCGGUUUAAUUUAUUAAUUCUUAACUAUUUGUUGAAUCAAAUCUUAUUAUUAAUAACCGAACGCUUUUUACUAGAUACUGAAAUUGAUUCGAUUGUAUUACGUAAUUUAUUCCUACGUACCAUGUUAUGUACAUUUAUCUUUAACUAAGUUUGUUUACAUUUUUAAGCCGCUUAUCAAUAUAAAAACGUAUAACGGAAGAAGACUUACGUUGAUAUCAUACUACCACACGUUGCUUUAAGGUCAAACAAUUUUACGAUUGAUAAAGAUAUAAGAGUAGCCACGUGCACUCUUAAAAAAUGCAGCGUAAUCUACUUAUGUGCGAAUUACUGACAGUGAAUUUUCCGUUGUAUCUAGAAAUUUUUAAUUUCACCCGUUAGCCAAGGGAAACUUUUAUGCUUUCAUAUCCACGGGUGUCUACACAUAUUCUUUAGUGGGCUGAAAUGUGUGUCAUGUAUUCAAUGCGUGCUUCUUUUGAUGUGCUGAACACAAUGAGCGCGACAGACUGCAAACGACAUCUGUCAAAUAUUAAAAUACACAAGUUCUUAAGGACACAGUUAUUGAGGCAGCUGCACAACUACAUAACUGUAUCCAUAAGAACGUGUGUACUUUAAUAUUUGACAGAUGUCGUUUGCAGUCUGUCGCGCUCAUUGUGUUCAGCACAUGACUGUCGUUUCUAUUUAUAUGUAUGUAUAUGUACAUAUGUAAAUAGGGAUAUACAUACAUACCUGACAGUAGAUUUGUCUAUUAACGCUUAUUAAAGCAUGACAUACGUAAAUAGGUUAAUAUUAAAAAAUUAAAAUAGUUUGUGAUUAUAUAAACAAAAAAUUAAAAAAAAAAUGAUUUAAAACGUUUCCAAAACAUACAUUUUCAACAUUUAAGAAAUAAAAAAUAUAUCGUUUAUCACAUUUGGUCUCAUGGCACAUAUUCUACCUACUAUAUUUACAUGAAUUAAAUACUAUUAUAAUGAACUAUUCAUACAGUGGAAAUGUUCUUUACAAAUAAAGACAAAAACGUUAUUACCGGUAUAAUAAUAAUAAUAAUUUUGAAAAUGAUUGACACAAAUAUUGGUGAAUAGAAAAAGAAUAAAUUUUCAAAACCAAAACCGAAAAAAAUGUUUUUAGCUUUAAGACUUAUUUAAAGACAUGGCGAAAGCUAGAAAAUACUGCCAGCCAUCCAUUAAAUUUCCUAGCCAAAUGGAUGCUUCAAGAAUAUUUCCGGUGAUCCUUUUCCACAGCAAGUUUAUCGUUGGUGUUUAAAUAUGUUGUUAUAUUCCUUUUGUUUUGGUUGGGGAUUGAAGAAUUCUGUGAAAAAGUUCACAUUUUUAUUUUCGAAUUCUGUCAUGUCAUGAUAAACUUCACAUCAUUUCAAACCCAAUUGAAAAUAAUGUUUGAUUGUUAAGAAAAAUCGUACCCCGCAUCGCAUACAUAUAUUACAUACAUACAAAUGUAUGUGCAUGGAUGUUUCUUUUCUCUUUAUUUUUAUAUACAUAUGUUUGUAGUGAUAAAGAACAUAACCAAUGAAAUAAGUUUAUAGUCUCCUUAUUAACCACAUUUUUUAAUGAAUUUUCGAGCCACAGACUACAUUUGGCUGUUAUUAUCAUUUCAAACAAUUCAUAUAAUUGUAGAUAAAAAAUACUCCAAUUUCCCACGGUGCUAAUAGUAUAUGUAUACCAUAUGAUUUUUUGGCAAACUCACGCGUUUAAUAGAUACAUAAGUAUGUUUCGUGUACGCACUGAAAGCAACAAUAUCGACAACACACAUUCAUACAUAUAUGUAUGAAUAACCAUAAACAAAUUAAUGCACGUACGUAUUAACAUAUUAUGACGUGUAUGUUGGCACAAUUAAACGAUUAAAGAGAAAGAAAAUACAAUAAUAUUGUAUAUAUGUACAUAUGUAUGUAUGUAUGUUUAAUAAAACUAAGAAAAUGCUGAAAGCACAAACUAAAAUUUUGGUUAUGGGCGAACAACAAUAUAGUAUAUGUAUACCAGUGGUCGGCAUUUCAUAGCAAAAUUUUGCAAACUAACUUCACACGUACGCUUACGCUCUAUCGUUCAGUCGUUGUCGAGCCAGCAACGAAUUAACAUCACGCAAGACUAUAGCGCAAAACCAAAUAUGCCCUGCGAGAAAUAUUUUAUGAUUCUAAAUGCCUUUGGUGCCAUGCAGUGCCUUUUAUGUUCCACGUCUUUUAAAGAUAAUAGGGAAUAUAUCCUUAAAAGACAUUUUGUUAAUUUUCAUUAUACUCUUAAUUAUUUAUAAAAUUUGCUUAAUUUUAAUUCAAAUUUCUCACUGGACUACUUUUUUUCGUGCUCACCAACACAGUGACAGAUCCUCUCAUGCCGACCACUGAUGUAUACUUACGUGGCGUAAAUGUAGAUAGACAAAAAUUUGAAUUGAAUGAGUCAAAUGAGAUAACAUUAUUACUUUUUUUGCUUUACAAAAACUGUUUGCCAUAGUUUUACUGUAGUGUUACUUCGAAAUAUGGCAUUCAUUAGAUACUUAUGUAAAUAAAUCUGAUGUUAGGAGCACUAUUUACAAAUUGAACCGGUGAACAUGUGAGUCACCUGUAGCACCAUAAAAAGCAAGAAAAAAUAUCAAACGUAGUAAAUGCAUUUUUAACACCCAAAACAAAAAUGAUAAGCUUUAAACGGAACAGACAUUCCUGAUCACGCCACGAUCGUGUCAAUAUCGUGGUUGCUUUUUGCAUAGUUGAAUGGAUUUUUGCCGGUCGGUUAUGACUCGGUCGGCAAUCACUAAUUAUUCGUCAACACGUUCGACGACGUCGCUGACUAUUUUACUGUUGUUUUGUUUGUCAACUGGCUGAUCGUCGUGUUCACGAUCAUUACCAAAACCAAUAUUGUGGCUCUCUUGUUACUCAUUUUUGCAAAUAAAUGUAUUACGAAUAAGUAAGCCAAUAUAUACACACAAGCUUAUAUUUAUUAAAUAGAAAUGAGAGGAAAUUUUAACUUUAUACUUAUAUCCACAUACCUACAAACAUACCACGUAUUCACAUAGAUGUUAUAACCUUUUUUGGUACAUACAUACAAACAUGUAUAUUUAUGUAGGUUCGCUUCUAUAUGCAAUUGCCGCCUUUCUAUGUAUCGUCCAAUUCACUAACUCAUCAGAAAGGGCCGUCAGUGCUGUUUCACUGUUGCUAAUGUCCACUCGCGUUGUGCUGUUCGUUUUGCCCACGAUUGACUUGAGCUUUAGCAGUCUUACAUUUCACCGACUCUAGUACGUGUCUAUCUAAAUACAUACUUACACAGGCAAGCCAUUUGAAAAAAUUAUUGGGCACUAGUGUGAAAGCAAUUGAAUUUAGUUAAGUUUUGGAUUGUACUCUUUCUUCUACGCAGUAUUAUAAAUUUAGACAAUUUUACACAACCAAUAAAAUAAUAACGAAAGUAUUUCACGUGUUUUUUGCAACAAUAUAAAAAAUAUCAAACUAUAUAACAAAUAUAGUAUUAACAAUACAGAAGUGGAAACAUUUUCAUCAAACUGAGUGACCAGACUAUUUAUAGUAACAAUUGUGACGUUCAAGCAGUGACAGCAUACAUACAUAUGUAUUUAUUUACAUCGCAAUACGCCCGGAAAGUAAAAAGGUCAUUUUAAUUUAAACGCGCAAAUAAAAAAUAAUAUUGCGACACAAGCACAACUACUGUUUAAUUACCGCAUGAGCAUUGAGAAAUCACCGGAGCUAC